ACAGAUUAUUUUUAACCAUGUUUUUGGGAAGACUUGUGUAGUUCUCGAAUAUAUUUUGUGACAUAAUAAGCAAUUUUAUUGUGAAAUACGCGAUUCGCACGAAAAUUGUAAAUAAAAUAGACCAUAAAACAGUAUGUGGAAGGGCCUUAGAUUAACGCAGUCACAACUGUUGAAACUAAACUUCAAUGGACAUAAACUUCAACCGAUAGGAGUACCAGCUUUAGAUACUGUAUUGAACCAGUGGUACGAGUUCUGCAAGAAGCCGCCUAAGGGGUUCGAGAAGUAUUUCCAGCCAGGUACUAGUCAGAAACAGGAGAAAAAGCCCGAGAAAGAUGCAUCACCCUCGCCGUCGAAAAGUUCGCCGCCUCCACCGAAAUCAAGCUCGUCACAGGAUAAAUGGAAUAUUAAUAUGUUUUCUAACACCCCAGGAGGCGGUAGAGGCCCAGGCCGUGGUGGCUACGAGGGCCAGGACAGAGAAAAAUGGAUGAUGUUCGGCGCAAUGGGUGUAGUAACCUUAAUAGCUUCGAUAGCAUAUUUCGAGCUUAGAUACAGAGAGAUAAGCUGGAGGGACUUUGUAAAUCUGUAUUUAAAUAAAGGAGCAGUGGAAAAACUAGAAGUCAUAAACAAAAAAUGGGUCAGAGUUAGAUUACAGCCAAGUUCCUUUGAAAAUAAAAUCAUUUGGUUUGCUAUUGGUAGUGUUGAUUCUUUUGAGAGAAAUCUAGAAAAUGCACAGAUUGAAAUGAAUGUAGACCCACCGAAUUUUCUCCCUGUUAUUUAUAAAACAGAGGUAGAAGCUGCUAGCUUGACUGGUAUGCUUCCAACAUUAUUAAUUAUUGGGUUCCUAAUCUACAUGAUGAGGCGUUCUGCUGAUAUGAUGGGCAGAGGAGGUCGUAAAGGUGGAGGUCUCUUUGGUGGAGUAAUGGAAUCUACGGCAAAGUUGAUAAACCCAACGGACAUUGGUGUUAAAUUCCAAGAUGUUGCAGGCUGUGAGGAAGCCAAAAUUGAGAUUAUGGAGUUUGUAAACUUCCUGAAAAACCCGCAACAGUAUAUUGAUUUGGGUGCAAAAAUACCCAAAGGAGCUUUACUAACCGGACCACCCGGUACUGGUAAAACCUUGCUAGCGAAAGCAACUGCUGGCGAGGCUAAUGUCCCAUUUCUAACAGUAUCAGGUUCUGAAUUUCUCGAAAUGUUUGUUGGAGUUGGUCCAUCGAGAGUUAGAGACAUGUUUUCUAUGGCCCGAAAACAUGCACCAUGCAUCCUUUUCAUUGAUGAAAUAGAUGCAGUUGGUAGAAAGAGAGGUGGACGUAGUUUUGGAGGUCAUUCCGAACAGGAAAACACUCUAAACCAGCUUCUCGUAGAGAUGGAUGGCUUUAAUACAACAACAAAUGUUGUGGUCUUAGCAGCAACAAAUAGAGUGGAUAUUUUGGAUAAGGCGUUACUUCGUCCUGGGAGAUUUGAUAGGCAGAUCUUCGUGCCUGCUCCAGACAUUAAAGGCAGAGCAUCUAUAUUCAAAGUUCAUCUGGCACCUCUUAAAACUACAUUAGUUAAAGACAAUUUGGCGCGUAAAAUGGCUGCAUUAACCCCAGGUUUCACUGGUGCGGACAUAGCCAACGUAUGUAAUGAAGCUGCCCUAAUCGCCGCGAGAGAACUGCUCACGGAUAUUACCAUGAAAAACUUCGAACAGGCCAUCGAAAGAGUAGUGGCUGGCAUGGAGAAGAAAUCGAAUGUUCUCCAACCCGACGAGAGAAAGAUCGUGGCUUAUCACGAAGCAGGUCACGCUGUAGCCGGAUGGUUUUUGCAACACGCAGAUCCAUUGUUAAAAGUCUCAAUCAUACCAAGAGGAAAAGGCCUUGGUUACGCCCAAUACUUACCAAAAGAACAGUAUUUGUAUAGCAAGGAACAGCUAUUCGAUAGAAUGUGUAUGACUUUAGGGGGACGCGUGAGCGAAGAGCUUUUUUUCGGCAGAAUCACGACGGGCGCUCAAGAUGACUUGAAAAAGAUAACCCAAAGCGCCUACGCCCAAAUUGUGCAUUACGGCAUGAACGCGAAAGUUGGCAAUGUGUCCUUCGAAAUGCCACAGCCCGGAGAAAUGGUUAUAGAUAAACCGUAUUCAGAGAAAACCGCGGAAUUAAUCGACUCCGAAGUCAGAGAAUUAAUCAAUAGCGCGCACAAACAUACCACGGAUUUGCUAACGAAACAGAAAGAAAACAUUGAAAAAGUGGCAGAGAGGCUUCUGAAACAAGAAAUACUGAGUAGAGAUGACAUGAUCGAGCUUUUAGGGCCCCGACCUUUCCCAGAGAAGAGCACUUAUGAGGAAUUUGUUGAAGGAACAGGUUCCUUAGAAGAGGACACUACACUUCCAGAAGGACUCAAAGACUGGAACAGGGAAAAGCAAACCACCCCAAAGUCUGAAAGUAUACCAUCAGCCGCAACUCCCAAACAAAAAAUAUAGGAACCGGAUGUUUUAGAGAAUUACCAUUAAUUCGGUGAAAUAGCGACCCCUUGAACGAGUGCGAGGGACGCGGUGCGACGGCGGUACCCGUUACUUUCGGUCAUUUAUCCUUGCGAAACAAUAUUCAAAUACUUUGUUCGAUCAGAAGUUUCAAACUGCAUUUAUUUUUUUAUCAUUAGUGCAGUAAACUGAACACAUUUGUAAUAUAUAUUUGAGAUGCUUCAUAAUAAACAAAGUUUAGGUAAACUAUAAAAUGUUUUGUGUAUUAAAUGUUACAGACGCAUCAUUGGUUAGAGCGUUUCGCGAUAGAUUUUUUAUUUUGUUGAAAAGAUGUAAAUAAAAAGCAAAGUACGAAAGUUAAUAAAAGAAUUUAUUCAGAAUUGGUUCCUAAUUCCUGCUUAACAUUAUACAACUACAUGUUGCAUCAAAUUUAUUAUGUCUACUGAGGAUCAUGCACAUGUCAACAGAAACCAUACUUCUAUUUAAAAAUAAUUAAAAUAGAAUAGAUUAGAAGAAAUAACCAUAGAAAAUUAAAAUAAAUACGAUUGCAGCUUUCCAUCGGUUGUUGUUUUUAGAAAAUAAUUCUGCCAAAG